UUCCGCAUUGAUAUAAUGGUAAUAGAAAUUAAGAUACGGUGACUCUCCUCUCCGGUAGGCUCCCGUGCGGUGCGAUUAGUGGCGGUUGGCCCUUUCCGGAAAAUACUGCAAUCGAUCCAUUCUUUCAGCAACCAAACAACAAACAAAGCCAGGCCCUCCAGAACCGAAUAAUGGCGGAUCCGAUGCCGGCGCCACCAAGAUCUGCCACGGACCUUUUCUCGGAUCCGCUGGACUCCCGCCCUCUGUGGUUCAAACCGGCGUCGUUUCUUUCUCCUGACUUCGACUCCGAAUCUUACAUCUCUGAGCUGCGAACCUUCGUCCCCUUCGACACGCUCCGCUCAGAGCUGAACAGCUACCUCUCCUCCCUCAACCACGAGCUCAUCGAUCUCAUCAACCGCGACUAUGCUGACUUUGUUAACCUCAGUACCAAGCUCGUCGACGUCGACGCUGCCGUCGUUCGCAUGCGUGCGCCGCUCGUUGAGCUCCGUGAGAAGAUCGAGCAGUUCAGGGGAUCCGUUGAGGUGUCCCUUGUCGCCAUCAAGAACGGUUUGAAGCAGAGAUCCGAGGCUGCCGCUGCUAGAGAGACUCUCGAGCUUCUUCUUGACACGUUUCACGUUGUUUCUAAGGUUGAAAAGCUGAUAAAGGAGCUGCCUAGUGUACCCACUGAUUGGUCGAAUGGGGAUGGAAGUUUGACAGACAAGAAUUCCCUGAGCAAUGGAGUUUCUGUGCAGCAUGUUGAGAAUGGAACAAGUGUUAGAGAGACCCAAAGCAUGCUAUUGGAGAGAAUUGCUAGCGAGAUGAACAGGCUAAAAUUCUAUGUUACACAUGCAAAGAACCUGCCUUUUAUUGAGAAUAUGGAGAAGAGGAUUCAAAAUGCAAGCCAAAUAGUGGAUGCAAGCUUGGGACAUUGCUUUGCCGAUGGUCUGGAGCACCGGGAUGCAACUGCAAUCUACAAUUGCUUACGUGCAUAUGCUGCUAUUGAUAACACCAAGAAUGCAGAAGAACUCUUUCGAACCACUAUUGUGGCUCCGUUGAUACAGAAGAUUAUACCACACGGGCCAUCAGCUGUGGCUGCAGGCUCAUCCGGAGAUGAGCUUGAUAAUGAUUAUCAGCAAAUUAAGGAGUGCAUUGCUAAGGACUGUAAAUUUUUAUUGGACAUUUCUUCAGCUGAAAAUUCAGGUUUGCAUGUCUUUGACUUCUUAGCCAAUUCAAUCCUCAAGGAGGUUCUCUCUUCCAUUCAGAAGGGAAAACCAAGUGCAUUUUCUCCUGGAAAACCAGCAGAAUUCUUGAAGAAUUACAAAGCAAGCUUAGACUUCUUGGCUUAUCUAGAAGGCUACUGUCCGUCCAGAUCGGCUGUUGCUAAAUUUCGAUCUGAAGCAAUUUAUAUAGAGUUCAUGAAGCAAUGGAAUAUUGGAGUUUAUUUCUCUCUGAGGUUUCAGGAAAUAGCAAAGUCUUUAGAUGAUGUGCUUUCAACAUCCAGUCUUGUCCCUUUGCAAGACACAGUCUCUGGCAAAGAAAAUCGAGUUUUAACAUUAAAACAAAGUGUUACACUGUUGGAGAGUAUGAGAUCAUGCUGGAGAGAAGAUGUUCUUGUCCUUUCUUGCUCUGACAAGUUCCUACGCCUAUCCUUGCAGCUUCUUUCCAGAUACUCAAAUUGGCUGUCGUCUGGACUGAAUGGGCGCAAGAGCCAUAGCACAAACACCAACACUGGGUUUCAAUGGGCUGUUUCUGCUGCUAUAGAUGACUUUAUUUAUGUAAUUCAUGAUAUAAGGUGUCUGGAAGAGCAUGUUCGUGGAGAUUACCUAGAGCACGUGCUUCAGCUUCUAUCUUCAUGCUCCCCUGAUGUUCUUGAAUCAGUAAGGCAGAGCAUUUUACAAGGUGGUCAAUCAUUGAAAUCUAUAGAACCAUUAGUCACCAAAGCAGUAGUGGAGUCAUUAGUGGAAAAGUCAGUUGAGGACUUGAGACAGAUGAAGGGGAUAACAGCAACCUACAGGAUGACUAAUAAACCUCUACCCGUGAAGCAUUCACCCUAUGUUGCAGGUGUAUUACGUCCCCUAAAGGCUUUUUUGGAUGGAGAGCGAGCUACAAGAUAUCUGACAAGUGAAAGCAGGGAUGAAAUACUUCUAUCUGCUGCUACUGAGAUCACUGAUCGUUAUUAUGAAUUAGCAUCGGACCUUGUCAAUGUGGCGAGAAAGACAGAAUUUUCUCUCCAGAAAAUUAGGCAGAGUGCACAAAGACGAGCCGGAGCAAGUUCAGAUGUCUCAGAUAACAAUGUGUCUGACACCGGCAAAAUUUGCAUGCAGCUGUUCCUUGAUAUUCAGGAAUAUGCCAGUAACCUCUCCGCAUUAGGGGUUGAAGCAGUCAAGAUUGCAUCCUACCGUUCAUUAUGGCAGUGUGUGGCUCCUGCUGAUAAGCAAAAUACAAUUUAAGAGUUCGCACUCGUAGAGUCAGUAUUCUUCCUUGUUCAA